ACUCCUGGUUGUGGCAGUUAUUCCGAACUUACUCUCACUUCUUCGGUGAAGUGCCAAGGAGGAAAUGAAUACUUUGAGCUGAGGUUGGUGAAUUCAGGUGCCUGAAUCACCCACUCUACUCUCCACAAUUCGUGACCAGGGUAAUUAUGCCUCGUGGCCAUAAUAGUAAGCUCCGGGCCCGCAAGAAACGCCGCCAGGCCCGUAGUGAAACUCACUCUAUGCAGGAUGCUCAGGCAUCCACUGCAGCAGAAGAGAGAGAGGAGACUCCUUCCUUCUCUCCCCUUUGUAGUGCUGAUGUUCAGCACUCUUCUGUUACUGAUUCACCUGGCAAAUCUAAAUAUUCUCAACAGCCCACUACUGCUUCUGUAAGUGCUCUGAGCAUAAAAUCUGAUGAAGAUAAAGAGAGCCAAGAUGAUGAGAUUCCAAGCACUUCCUGGGCACCGUCCCCGUCCCCAACUGCUAAUUUAUCUUCAGCUAUGAAAGAUGACAUAGCAGUUUCAUUGGUAGAGUUCAUGCUGCAAAAAUAUAACAGGAGGGAGCCAAUAACAAGGGAAGAAAUACUAAAGUGUUUCUUUCCAUUGAACAAGGAAGAUUUUCAUGAGAUUCUUAAGAAAGCCUCUGAACUCAUGGUGUUGGCCUAUGGCAUUGAUGUUAAGGAAAUUGACCCAAUCAAUCAUAGAUAUGUUUUUGUCAACAUACUCAGUCCUAAUGGUGAUGAAAUUCUUAAUGGUGAGACAAUUCAGUCUAGGAAUGGCCUUUUGAUGUUGAUGCUGUGUCUGAUCUUCAUGAAUGGCAACUGUGUUAAUGAGGACUACAUCUGGGAAGUGCUUAGUGUGAUGGGGGUUUAUGCGGGAGUCAAUCACACCAUCUAUGGAAACGUCAAGAAGCUCAUCACUAAAGAUUUCGUGAAUGAGGGGUAUCUGGAGUAUCGGCAGGUACCCAUCAAUGGUAUACCAUGUCAUCAAUUCUUGUGGGGUCCCCGGGCCAGAUAUGAAACCAGCAAAAUGAGAUUCCUUGAGUUUCUGGCCAAGGUUCAUAACACUGUUCCCACUGCCUUCCCAUCAUUGUAUCAAGAGGCUUUGAGAGCUGAAGAAGAAAGAAUUCAAGGCAGAUUUGUAGCUAUGAUUCUUAGUUUGAUGGCCAAUGACCAUCUCAAUGGCAAUUCCAGCAUCUAAAGUCUUAAAUUUCUGCUUUUCAUCACUCUUGAAGAGAACAUUCAAGAAGCUAGUGGGUGCAUGAGGUAGUGUUACAGUAAAAAUAGUCCAUUUCAUAUUUCCAGUCUUAAUCUACAUAAAUAACUUCAUUUUUUAAAGUUUUCAAACUAUUUCUUUAGAAAAAUCUGAGAGAACUUUACCAUCUACAUUUGUGACAUAUAUGUGUUACCAUCAACAUUGUUCACAAUGCUUAUGUGUUAAAGCUUUACUAUUGAAAACAACUUGAGAACAGUUCUUAUUUAUUUGAAAAAAAACAAGAAAACAUGGCACUGGAAUAGGCAUUAUCUUAGAAUAUGAAAAAUGCAAUUAAAUGAUUUACAACAAGAAAGAGAAAACUGUUGUGGACUAUACAUUCUUGAUUUUUCUGAUUCCUUCUAUCUGUUAUUCUACAAAAUAAAAAAAUUAAGUUUAUGU